AUGCAGGGCAUAUCAGACGAGGAGAAGCCGGUGCUGAGAGCGCGGUUGCUGGAGCUAGUAGCAGAUGAGAACAGCCAUGUCAAGUGGCCGGGCAUAUCAGACGAGGAGAAGCCAGUGCUGAGAGCGCGGCUGUUGGAGCUAGUAGCAGACGAGAACAGCCAGGUGGCCGUGCAGCUGGCCGUGCUGAUUGCUAAGAUCGCCCGCAUCGACUACCCCAGGGAAUGCAAGGCUGUUGGAUCCAAGUGCCGCAUGGCCACUUGGCUGUUGGAUACAGUGGCAGAUGAGGACAGCCAAGUGGCCAUGCGGCUCGCCGUGCUGGUUGUUAAGAUUGCCAGCAUUGAUUACCCCACGGACUGGUCCGAGCUAUUCCCCACGCUCCUGCAGAAGCUGCAGAGUCAGGACCCUCUGCUCACACAGCGUGCCUAUAUGGUUCUUAAUCACGUGACCAGCCAGCUGUUUGAGCCCACCUGGGCGCACUGGGUGAGAGACACAGGGUCACUGCUGCAGGGCCUAACCGCCCUUGAGGCUGGAGGGUCAGACCCAGCAGCAGCAGCAGCAGGGGCAGGGGCAGCAGGAGGGGCGCUGAUGCUGCUGUGUGAGCGGUGGCUGCUGUGUGUGAAGACUCUUCGUCGCAUGCUCGUGUUUGGCUUCCCUUCUGAUUUCAAAUCCGUUCAGGCAAGUAAGUCGCUGCGUGCGUGGUGUGGGGGGCCUUCUUGUGUGUUUCAGCACCUUCUGUCUGUCACCAUCACCGGCAACCUAUCACCGAGGUUCCGGUACUGGAACAAGUGGUGCCCGCAUUUCUUGAAGCAGCGCAAUCGCUUCUCAACUUCCUCGACGCUCUCUCUCUGUGAGUCGACGCUCUCUCUCUGUGAGUCGACGCUCUCUCUCUGUGAGUCGACGCUCUCUCUCUGUGAGUCGACGCUCUCUCUCUGCAAUCUCUCCCAGCAGCGCCCAGCCCUGCAACCCCUGCACACCUUCCUCUCCCGCGCCUCAGUCAAGCUACUCAAAACGCUCGUCGCCUCCCACGAGCUGCACCCCUUCUCAUUCGCCUCCAAAAACGUCCUCCUGCCCACCCUCGACUUCUGCUACACACAGAUCACCACCACCAACCCCACCGCCUCCUCCCCCUCCCCAUCCCUCUCCACCCCUCUUGCUGCUGCUACCAGUCCACAAACCCCCGCAACCGCCGCCGCCGCCGCUGCUGCGGCUACUGAUGCGUCCGCCUCCUCUUCAGCUUCCAGCCACGGCCUGUUUCUGAUAGAGUGUAUGCUGUUUCUGCAGAGUGUGCUGCGAUGUGUGGCAUACAAGCAGAACCCCACGGGGCAUGUGGUGGGGGCGGCAGUGGCAUCUGCUGAGGAGAUGAGGGGGAAGCUGUCAGGCAUGGCCCGGCAGCAGCUGCAGGGGUUCUUCUCGCAGGAGAAAGUGGUUACUCUGGGGGGAGAGCUCGUGCAACGCUACCUGGUGCUGACAGCAGGGGACUUAGAGGAGUGGGGGGCGGAUCCAGAGGUGUUUUAUCACGAGCAGGGCGCCGUGCAGUGGAAGGACAAGCUGCAGCUGUGCCAGUCCUCUCUUUUCCACCUCUCCCUCUUUCUCGCCCUGCCCGAUUCCCUCCUCUGUCUCUUCUCGCAGCUACUUGGUGCUGACAGCAGCGGAUUUAGAGGAGUGGGGGGCGGACCCAGAGCGGAUUUAGAGGAGUGGGGGGCGGAUCCAGAGGUGUUCUAUGACGAGCAGGGCACCGUGCACUACCUGGUGUUGACAGCAGGGGACUUAGAGGAGUCGGGGGCGGACCCAGAGGUGUUCUAUCACGAGCAGGGCGCAGUGCAGUGGAAGGACAAGCUGCGACCCUCCUCGUACCCUCUCCAUCUCUCCCUCUCAUCAUCUGUUUCCCUCCCCUGUCUCGCUGACAGCUAUCUGGUGCUGACAGCAGGGGAUUUAGAAGAGUGGGGUUUGGACCCAGAGGUGUUCUAUCACGAGCAGGGCGCCGUGCAGUGGAAGGACAAGCUGCGACCGUGUGCUGAGGCGCUGCUGUUGUUGUUGUUUGAGCAAUUCAAGGAGUGCAUAGAGGCAUGCCCCCCGCCUGCUUCCCCUGAUGCCGACGUGCCUGUCACCCCGGCUCUGCUACUCAAGGACGCAUGCUAUGAUGCCGUGGGGGUGGCGUGUUAUGAUCUGCACGAUGUUGUGGACUUCAAGACAUGGUUCACCACAGCACUCCUCCCAGACAUGGCAUGCCGCCACCCCAACGCGCGGAUCCUGCGCAGGCGGGCAGCAUGGAUGGUGGGGCAGUGGGUGGGCAAGGUGGAGGGAGAUCUCUGUGUGCCAGCCUACCAGGCGCUCAUUUCCCUGCUGCCAGAUGAAGACCUCGUGGUCCAGUGCGGUGCUGGCUGCACAGGGUGUGGGCUAGCAGCGUGGAUGGUGGGGCAGUGGGUGGGCAAGGUGGAGGGCGACCUGUGUGUGCCAGCCUACCAGGCGCUCAUCUCCCUGCUGCCAGAUGAAGACCUGGUGGUCCAGGCUGUAGCAUCUGCUGGUGGGAGGGCAGCGUGGAUGGUGGGGCAGUGGGUGGGCAAGGUGGAGGGCGACCUAUGUGCCAGCCUACCAGGCGCUCAUCUUCCUGCUGCCAGACGGCGAUCUGGUGGUCCAGCAGUGUCCUCUCUCCGCACGCUCAUAGACGAUGUGCAUUUCUAUGAGGACCAAUUCGCCCUCUUCCCCAACGCUUCCUCUUUCCUUCCCCCUUCCCUCGACACCUCCCCCACUCUGCCCAUCCAUCAGCUCACAGCAGUGUCCUCUCUCCGCACGCUCAUUGACGACCUCACAGCAGUGUCCUCUCUCCGCACGCUCAUUGACGACGUGCAUUUCUAUGAGGACCAAUUCGCUCCUUUUCUCGACACGGCAGUGCAGCUGCUCUUCCGAUGCCUGCAGCAGGUAUCGGAGUUUGAUUCGCAGCUGCAGAUAGUGAACGUGGUUUCGCUCAUCAUAGAGCGCAUGGGGGAAAAGAUUGUGUCGGAGUUUGAUUCGCAGCUGCAGAUAGUGAACGUGGUCUCGCUCAUCAUAGAGCGCAUGGGGGAGAAGAUCGUUCCUCUGGCCGACAAGAUCCUCUCGUGCUUGCCUCAGGUGUGGGAGCAAUCAGAGGGGCAGCCGCUGCUACGCAUUCAAGUCAUGCAGGCGUUGCAACGCCUCAUCGUGUCGCUCGGCCCGCAGUCUCCGAUCUCCUACCCGCUGCUCUUCCCCAUCCUGCGCUACAGCACCGACAUCUCCCAGCCUGAUGAACUCAAUAUGCUGGAGGACGGGCUUCAGCUAUGGCAAGCCACACUGCGCCAUGCACCAGCCAUGGUACCGGAAUUCAUGACUCUCUUCGCCAACCUCGUGCCCAUCAUGGACCGCAGCUUUGAGCACCUGCCGGUGGCCACAGCAAUCAUGGAGAGCUAUGUGCUGGUGGGCGGGCCGGCGUUCCUGCAGCAGCACGCAGGGAGCCUCGUGUCAAUGAUUGAUGCGGUGGUGGGGAAUGUGAAGGAGAAGGCGAUGCUGCUGGUGGCGGGGCUUGUAGACCUCAUCAUCCAGUGUUAUCCAUCAGAGGCCCCUCCUGCUCUCGAGUCCGUCCUUCAGAAACUGCUGCUGAUAAUCAUCGGACCAACAGAAUACUCUGACCUCGUUAGAGGCACAUGCGCCACAGUGCUCGCACGGGUGGUGCUACAGAACAGCUCCUACUUCGCCCAGUUCAUAUCCGCCGACUCGACUCGCCACCUGCUGCAGCAGCAGUCAGCAGCAAAGGGCAACGCCCCUCCCCUUGCGCUAUUCCUGGAUGCUUGGUUGGAUAAGGUGGACUCUGUCUCAGUUCCAGCGAAGCGGAAACUUUCCACUCUGGCCCUGGCAGUGCUGCUGACGAUGCCUGAGCCACAGAUACUGGAGAGACUCGACCUCAUUCUCUCCGUCUGCACGGGCUCUCUUGGGGAGGACAAUCCCGACAACACGCCGUUGCUGCCAGACAUCUCCACCGUUGGCUACGACUAUGCAUCGGUAUCAGACUCGAUUCAGGGAGGGGAAGGUGCUCCCGUGGAGUGUGAGGCUCUGAGGCGGCGCCAAGUAGCAUCCAUAGACCCCGUGCACCGGGUAGCAGUGGGGCCGUUCUUAAAGGAGAAGCUGCAGGCGUGUGUGGCUGUGCAUGGGGAGCAGCAAUUCCAAGCCGCCAUGGCCCGCGUUCCCCCGCCUAUUGUGUCUCAGUUGCAGCAGCUCUAG